ACAGUUGAUCAUGUAAGGGAAAAAUGUUGAACAUUAACACAAUACCUAGGUACGUAGAAUAGAUACGGGCAAACAUGAAAAAAAAAAAUACGCGGACCACAUUUUUGUAGGUUUCUGAAAAAAUGUAAGCCCUACCUAUCAUCCGGAUGAAAAAAAAGUUAUCAUUCAGAGUAACUAAAUGAUCCUUAACUAUUUUUUUAUAGGCACGAAUCAAAAUAUUUAUAAUAUUUCGAUAAUGAACGUUAACGUUAAAUUCUCUAGGUCAAGCUAAUUUUUCAUUAUCAUCCAUACUCGUGGGCGUUUGUGCCGAAGUAUGAAGUUAAUGAACAGGUUUCAUGGUAUUUUCCCCCUCCGAAUUUCAUAAACAAUAAACAAAUAUCAUCACAAUGAAGUGAGCUGUCAGUUACAAUGUGUACUAUAUCUAUCUAUGCACUAUACGAAUGUACUCAGGCUGCGAAUAAAAUUCGUGAAGUGAUAACGUAAUUUCGGGAUAGGUGUAGUAGGUCUAGGUUCUUGAUAAAUUACUAAAAUGGAAAAAUUCGCCAAUAAAGUCGCUAUUGUGACCGGAAGUAGCUCUGGUAUAGGAUCAGCGAUUACCACUGAAUUGGUUAAACAUGGAGUUCUCGUCGUCGGUGUAGCUCGAAGAAUCGAUAGAUUGAAGAAAAUUGCUGAUGACUUGAAUGAGCCUGGAAAAGCAGCUAGAUUUUAUCCUUUAAAAUGCGAUGUGACGGUUGAAAGUGAAAUUGAAAAAUCAUUUAAAUGGAUUACGUCAGAAAUCGGUCCUGUUGCUAUAAUGGUGAAUAAUGCUGGGGUGUUGAAACCGUCUCUUCUGAAGGAUGUUACUGCAGAAACCAUAUCUCAAAUAUUUGACACAAAUGUAAAAGCAUCCAUCCUAUGGGCGAAAUUGGUGGUCGAGAGUAUGACAAAAAAUUCCAUCGAAGGUCAUAUAAUCAACAUAAAUAGUGUGGCUGGUCAUAUGAUAUUAGGUUACAAGCCUAAUUUAAUUCAAGUUUAUACCGCUUCAAAAUACGCUCAAAAAGUUUAUUCUGAAGGGCUACGAAGGGAGCUCGUCAGCCAAAAUGCGGAUAUCAAAGUUACUAACUUGAGUCCGGGAGCAGUACUCACUGAAAUGUUGACAGAAUUUGAAUCAGCUGCAGGGUCAUUACCGGCAAGCAAAAUUAUAGCACCGAAAGAUAUUGCUGAUGCUUGCAUUUAUGUUUUAAGUACUCCUCCAAACGUAUUGGUAUCCGAACUCACUAUAAUGCCUCUUCAUCAAGAAGUAUGAUAAAAUUUUCAUAUCUAUAGGUAUAAUAAAUUCAUAUAUCCGCCUACGCAUUUAUCUGCUUCAUUUGUAAAUUAAUUCAUCGAAUGAAAUAAACAUUUUUAUACUAACGAUGAAUGGUAUAGAUACCUACCUAUCUGCUUAAAUGUAUUUUUAAAAAAGGUGAGUAGGUACGAGUAUGUGUAUGUGUAAACAAUUAAAAAUCUAUAUGCAAAU